UAUGUACAAAGCCAAAUUCCAUGUAGAGAGCGAAAGGUUGUCCAAACUAAAACAAGCUUUGUCUGUUCGAAAUUCACUAGCUCCAAUAAGGCUGAGCAGAAAAUGCGAGGACAACAAAUACUAUUCUGAUCAAAAUUCCCCCUUUCUGCGUUGUGUGACUCGUUGUAAACAGACUACUUAUUGUGGAGAAGUUGCUGUACCUGAUGAACAUUUAUUUCAGUGCCGUUUCUGUAUUCAAUCUAAUCCACUUUCUUGUGUCCCUUCUGGCCCACCUGACGGACAAGGGAUUAUAGGCUCAGAUUUUCUUCUUUAUGUUUCUGCUGUUCCUUCGCAAAGGUGUCAAAAUGAUGACACAAUAGCUUAUGCUGCACAUUGCCAACAAGAAGCUGAAUUGGACAGGCCUAUAGCUGGUCAUGUCAAUAUCUGUCCACAGGCACUUUCAACACACUCACAUGAUCAAGAAGUUCUUCUCUCAACAGUUAAACAUGAAAUUUUACAUGCUCUUGGAUUCUCUGCUGGUUUAUAUGCUUUUUUUCGUGAUUCAGAAGGACGUCCACGUUCUAGAAGAAAUCAGAAUAGCGGACGUCCCCUUUCAUUUAAUCGAGAAAGAGGUUUUUAUGAUGCAGAACCGUCUACAGUUCGUACAAUAAUUCGAGAAGAUUGGUGGACGGCGGAAGGAGAGUUACCCCAUCCUGUCCAUUUAUUGGUAACUGAAAAAAUAAUUGAGGAGGCUAGAAGACAUUUUAAUUGUUCAAAAUUAGAAGGAGCUGAAUUAGAAAAUCAGGGAGGAGAUGGAACAUCAUUAACACAUUGGGAAAAACGUUUAUUUGAAAAUGAGGCAAUGACUGGAACACACACACAAAAUCCAGUCUAUUCUCGUUUAACGUUAGCUUUAAUGGAAGAUAGUGGAUGGUAUAAAGCUAAUUAUUCUGUUGCUGAACCUUUACAUUGGGGAAAUAAUUUGGGUUGUGAUUUUGCUAUGAAAAGUUGUGGACAAUGGAUUAAACAAAGAAUGGAAAGAAAUGAGUCAGCAGCUCCGUUUUGUGCAGAUAUUAAACACGAUGGAAGUAAAUCUUUGGCGACUACACGCUGUACAGAUCAAAGGGAUUCUUUGGCAUUAUGUAAUUUAGUUCCACAUAAAAAAGAAUUACCUAAACAAUAUCGAAAUUUUGGCAAAUUAAAAGGUGUUAGAAAAGAAGGAAUAAAAUAUUAUGGGGGAUCUGUUGAAUUGGCUGAUUAUUGUCCUUAUAAUCAAGAAUUUGAAUGGAAAACAAUUAAUAAUACAAGUGUUGGAAGGAGGGAUAGUAGAUGUGAAUUAAUUGGUAAUGGGCCCCCAGACGGGGAAAUUAGUGAAGAUUAUAAUGAGGGAAAUGCUAUUUUAGAACUUUACGGGCAUGGUUCUCGUUGUUUAGAUUUGGGUUUGAGUUGGACAGAAAAAAAGUGUGGAAGAACUCGGACUUAUUCUCAAUUUAUGGCUGGGUGUUAUCAAAUUGUUUGUUUAAAUGGCCGUGUAAAUAUUCGUGUACAUAAUUCAACAAAGCUUUAUCCUUGUUAUAAAUCUGGUCAACCAAUUUAUAUUCGAAAAUUUGUUAAUGGAUGGUUAAGGGAAGGUCAAAUACUCUGUCCUGAAUGUCAACAAUUUUGUUUUAAUAAUAAAAAUUUUGAAGAAGAAAAAGAAGAUUUUUGUCUUCCCCCAACAGAUCCGCCAUUAAAUGAAGGAGAAAUUGGUGAUGAUCCUCUAAUUGUUGAACUCCCAUGUAAAGCAUAUCGUAAUUAUUUUAAUUAUUUAAUUAUUUUUUUUAUUUUUAUUUACCAAAUCUAG